AUGGAUUACCAGAAUCGAGCAGGGUCCAAGUUCGGUGGCGGCGGUGUCGCAUCCCACUCGGCGACCAAUGCAGACCGACGCGAACGACUGCGCAAGCUCGCGCUGGAGACGAUCGAUCUCGACAAGGACCCGUACUUCUUCAAGAACCAUGUGGGCAGCUUCGAAUGCCGGCUGUGUCUGACCGUACACCAGAAUGAUGGCUCGUAUCUCGCACAUACACAGGGCCGCAAGCACCAGACGAAUCUGGCGCGGCGAGCUGCACGAGAGCAGAAGGAAGGCAAGAACCAGGACUCAUCGAUGGUGCCUGGAGCGAUGGGCGUGCAAGUCAAGAAGCAGAUGAUUAAGAUCGGGCGGCCAGGGUACAAGAUCACCAAGAUCCGCGAUCCGCUGACGCGCCAGCUCGGUCUACUCUUCCAGCUGCAGUAUCAGGAGAUCACGCCUGGCGUGACACCGCGGGUGCGGUUCAUGUCUGCGUUUGAGCAGAAGGUCGAGGAGCCCCCGGACAAGAACUUCCAGUACCUGGUUGUCGCUGCCGAGCCGUACCAGUCCUGCGGGUUCAAGCUACAGGCGAGAGAAAUCGAUCGCCGCGAAGGACGCUAUUGGACCUGGUUCGACGAGGAUAGCAAGGAGUUUUGGGUUCAGAUCAUGUUCAAGACCGAGCGGGAGGAAAGAUAUAGUGGCGUUCCGGGUCUCGCACCGAUGCGGACCUAA